AUGUGGGUCCCGCAGCGGACCACCUGUCGUCCACUUGCGGGAGAAACCUUCGCUAGAAUGAGCUCAACCUUGACUCCAUACCUCGAUGCCGUUCGCGCGACCCUGCAGGCUGCCUUCUGCUUGGAGCAGUUCAGUUCAAAUAGGAUUGAGCGGCAUGACAAACCAGAGAUCGAGGUACGAACGGCUCAGGAAACGAUCCUGACCCCAGUCACGAUUGCUAGGAACAAGCAAGAGCGUGUUUUGAUCGAGCCUUCGAUCAACUCGGUUCGAGUUUCCAUCUCAAUGAAGAAGGCUGACGAAUUGGAGAAGAUUCUGGCCCACGGUUAUACGCGUCUAAUGGCUCAGCGCGCCGAUGACUUCAUGAUUCUACGUAGAAAGCCGAUUAAAGGAUAUGAUAUUUCAUUCUUGGCGACCAAUACGCUGACUUCAACUAUGUACAAACAUAAACUGAUCGAUUUCAUUAUCCAUUUUAUGCAGGAAAUUGACAAGGACAUCAGCGACAUGAAGAUUACGCUGAACGCGCGGGCUCGUUGCGUAUCCGAGGAGUUCCUGAAGGCCUUCAAU